GUCUUAUUGGAAUGCAAUCGCGAAUGGAAACCAUAACAAAAACAAAUCAGGCAUUGAACAUUCGAUUAAAUAAGUUAGAAAAGCUGAAUGGUGACACACAAAAGUAUAUGGACGUAUCGAUAGCCGCAGGCAAUAACUCGUACCCAACAGAGACGACAGUUGAGACAGAAGGACUGAAGACUAAACCAAACAGAUCUGCGCUUUCACGAAUAAAUCGUAUUCCUGGAGAGGUCGCCUUCCAUGCGUAUAUGAGUGCUACCAAAUGCAUUGGCUCCCACGAGGUGUUUAUUUUCGACGUGGAGAUGACGGACUUGGGAGGUGCCUACAACAACCGAGAUGGAAUAUUUGAUGUGCCUGUUGCUGGGAUAUAUGUCUUUACAUUCACAAUCUACUCCGACUACUCACAUGAAGUCCGUGCUGAACUGAUUAUUGACGGUCAAGUAAAAUCUGUACUUUUGGCUGACGCAGACGAAGUUAACGAUUAUCAUACUGGAACCGCUACAGUCGUAGUACAAGUUAACGCUGGUGAUCAUGUGUUUGUUCGGAGAGCCGACUCAUAUUCAGAAUGCAAUGUAUUGAGCACAUUUUCACGGGCCCUGACAACCUUUUCUGGAUGGCUUUUAUAUUGAAAGAUAUCUGAAUAAGGCAGUUUUUCCAUGAACGCGUAAAUAUGUAUGAGUUGUGUAAGUGGAACGUAAACCUAGAGUAGACACAUAAUAAAGGUACAGGGAAUAUUUCGUUCGAUUUGUUGAGCGUUAAGUACGCGUGUGCGCAACGGAUUGUCCUGCUUGCGAUUCUCCGCGAGAAAAAAUAUGAAAUAACUUCAAUAAUAAGAAAAAGUCUAAAACUGUACAUACCAUUACCUGAAAAUAACGAAAACGAAAAAUGGUACGCCUAUUCUUAUUGUUUGACAUUGUGCUCGAUAGUAAAUACGCCCACCACUUCGUGUACGUGUUAAUUUAACUAGUCGUCAAUUGCUCCACAAACACAAUUAAUUGUACCAUAAUGAUUAAUAUAUAUAUUAUAAGUAUCUUCCAUGGCCGAGAGUGUAAGAGGUUUACCGAGUUUUCGCAAAACACCCUGCGCGAGGGUUGGGGUGAACCUAUCUUACACGAGCGGCUAUGGAAGAUGCUUUUUCCUCCACCUCAGAUAAACGAAAUUACGUAAAACUGUAUUUUUAGCUCGAACUCCUUUGUGCGUAGUGAAAAUAAAUGCGUAUGGAUAUGUGAUAAUUCGUGGUUGUCAUGGAUAUGCGCGCAGUGAUUCAGAUUAUGUUAAUAGUCAAAUCGGUCUUUAAAUAGUUCUGAGGAGAGUGAAGAAUUAUUUCUUGAAAUGUGCAUAAAAACUUUUUUAUGGAGACAUUUGAAGCGAGAAAUAAUUAAUUAGCAUUCUAAAUAUUUCCACAAGACAAGGUUUCUAUGAUGAUACAAACGACAGUCUUCAACAAGGGAGAUAAUUACAAUGUGAUGACCAUUAAAAAGGAGUUCCAUACGGGUUCUUGUUUUAUCUUUGCCCGUGGGAGGAUAUAUAUUUCUAGCAUGGUUAAAUUUUUGGAUCUACUUAUCUGAG